CCCCUUCGCGCUGUCGUUACGGCAGCAGCGUGGUAUCCAUGGCAACACCGCAGACGCUGCGCAACCUGCGGCCGCCCGCCAUGGCCGCGCUGCCUGACCCGCAGCAGGAGGCGGACUUCCAGCGCUUCCUCCGCCGCGUGGACGACAUCAGCCGCCUGGUGCAGGGCUUGAGCUCCGCGGACAGCGCUGUUCGGGACGCAGCCAUCGCCGAAACGGACCGACGGCUCCGAGAGCGGCAGGGCAGCGAGCAGAGCGCGGCCGCGGCGGACAGAACGGUCAUCAACACGCGCGAUCCCGUACGGGGUUCUGUGAACGCAGAGGCAGUGCACACAGAGGGCUUCCUGGCUGCUUUGGAGAAGGAUGCAAAAGAACGAGCUAAACGAAGGAAGAGAAAUGAGCGCUUAGCAAAUGCUCUGAAGGAGAAGGGAAACGAUGCCUUCAGGAAAGGGGACUACAGCACAGCUGCCCAGAGGUACACUGAUGGCCUCCAGAAGCUGAAGGACAUGCCAGAGCUGUACACCAACAGAGCACAGGCCUACCUGAAGAUGCAUGAAUAUGGAAAAGCCAUUGAUGAUUGCAAGUGGGCGUUAAAGUGCAAUGCAAAAUGCAUUAAAGCCUAUUUUCUAAUGGGGAAAGCUCACCUGGCACUGAAGCACUACGAUGAGUCCAGGCAGUGCUACCAGAACCUCUUACAGAUUGAUCCCCAAAAGGAAAGUUUAUUUAAAGAUUGCAUGAACGAGGUUAACUUGGAGGAGAAAAGAAUGCAAGAGGAAGACAGAGCGAUGAAAGCAUUUCAGUCUGGAAAACAUGCAGCUCUGUCCAUAAAAGAUCUGCUGCAGAAACUUGACAGGCCUGAUCAGAAUAUCCUCUACUAUAUAGGAGGGAUCCAAGUUCUGACAGGAGCCGUGAAGGAGUGCACUGAGCAAACUUUAUUUAGAACAAACAAUGGGUUCAGUAUCAUCAAUGACAACGAGGUCAUAAGACGGGGCUUCUGUGCAGAAAGAAAGAGCACUGCUGAAGUGGAUCUGUGUGUUUCCCUUCUCUCCCUUUGGCAAGCUGUCUGCGCUGGGAAUGAAGAAAAUCAGCGGCUGCUGUUGACUCACCCUGAUGUGAAUGCACAGCUGUCGGAACUGCUGUGUUCUGGUGGAGUGGAGAUCCAAAAGGAGACGCUGGCACUAAUUGCUCUCUAUUCAGAUAAUGAGAAUGGGAGGAGGCUGUUGGUCAGGCACCAGGACCUAUCUAGAUGGCUGCAGAUAUUGGUGAUGUUCGUCAACAGCACUGACGCCAGGGCUAGCAGUGCCAUGAGCAUACUGUCGGAUUUAAUUCAAGAGGAAAAGUUCAAAGCACAGUGUCGCCUCACGUUUUCCACAUCUGCUUUACCAUUGUUCACCCAACUGCUGGCCUCAGCCAAGCUGGUGGACCAGGCAGCCCUUGCGCAUUGCAUUGGCAUCAUGGGGAACCUGUGUGCAGAUGCAGCCAUCCGAGUGCAGAUGGCUGAGUGCAAUGAGUGCUGGCAAGCCUGCUUACAGCUGGUGGAUGGAUGUGGUGAUGUUGGCACUCCCAAAUAUCGGGAGUGUGUGUUUGCAGUCCUGGGUCUCAUGAUGAACUUGCUGCUUGAAUCAAACUCCGUCAUCCAGUGCCUUGCAGUGGACAUAAGUGGCAGAUGCAUGUCCCUCCUCAGGGAUCAGGAUGGGAGAAUUGUGACAAGAGCCAUUGGAGUGCUGAGUCGCAUCCUGGCAGCGUCCUCACUGGCAGUAGAAGAAGCAGUGAAAGGAGGAGUGGUGAAGAAAAUGAUCAAAUUCCUGAAGGCUGGAGGACAGACCACAUCCAGUUACGCUCUAAAGACUCUUUCCAUCUGCACAAGAGGUAGCAGACAAGCCCAGGAAGAGGUGGUGAAGUCAGAUAAAAAGUUCAGCGUGCUGCUGAAGCUCUUGGACUCAGAGAAUGAAAUGAUUGUGGGAAAUGCUGCUUUCUGCCUCGGGCAGUGCCUCGUUGUUCCUGGAGCAGCGACAUCCUUACUGAAUUCCAACAUUGUGAUGGCUCUGUUGAAGCAUGCUGGUGGUGAUGCUGCGAGAACUUCAGUGCAGGAGAAUGCAGCAAUUGCUCUGGGGAAGCUGUGUGUUGCAGAACCAAGGCAUAUUUUUCAACUGCGGGAGCUCAAUGGCAUGGCCAUCCUCAACUCCUCUAUGAAAUAUGUGCACAGCUCCUGACAUCCCCCAGAGAGCUUUUGAUAAAUGCUGUUCAUAUCCCUUGCUGUUCCAUGUUUUCUUCUUUUCUUAAUAAAGCUCAUUCAAAGCAGA